UCUUUCCAAACUACUUCUCUCCUCUUCCAAUCCUUGACUUGUUUUCUAGAAUUGUUCUCUUACUCAAAACACACACACAAAAGGUAAGAUGGCAUCCCAAACCAUUGAGAACUACCGCAAGGGUGCUGAGAUCUACCAAGGCAAUGCCCUCUGCAAAAAGAAGUCCGUCCAACUUCUCGAAGAACUUGGCCUCCCAAAGGGUCUGUUCCCGCUCGACAACAUGGAGGAGUUUGGGUACAACCAUGCAGCUGGUUUCAUAUGGCUGAUCCAGAAGAAGAAGAAGGAGCGCACGUUCAAGAAGAUUAAGCAGACAGUAUUAUAUGCCACUGAGGUGACGGCCUUCGUAGAACAACACAAGAUGAAGAAGAUCACCGGUGUGAAGACAAAAGAGCUACUGCUAUGGCUCUCUAUUGUCGAGAUGUACAUCGAUGACCCCUCAUCUGAGAAGGUCACUUUCAAGACUGGCACAGGACUGUCUGAUAGCUUUCCGAUGUCUGCCUUCGAGCUCUAG